AUGAAGCAUCAGGACCCAGGGAUGUAUAAAGGAUCUGCGUAUUCUGGCUACCCUUUCCUAAUGCUCUCAGACCCUUAUCUGCCAAAUGGAUCUAUGUCACCUCUGUCCAACAAAGUUCCCGUCGUGCAGCCAUCCCACGGAGUCCACCCGCUCACCCCGCUUAUCCCUUACAGCAACGACCAUUUCAGCCACGGCUCCCACUCGCCCCACUUGCCCGCCGACAUCAACCAGAAACAAGGAGUGCACCGUCCUUCCCAGACCUCAGACAUCCCUGGUUUCUACCCCCUCCCUCCCGGUGGAGUCGGACAGAUCACGCCGUCGAUGGGAUGGUUCACUCACCCGCUGAUGCUGGGCUCUGGCAUGCACACCACCGGCAUCCCGCACCCCGCCAUCGUGCCCCACUCUGGCAAGCAAGAGAUGGAGCACUAUGACCGAAACAUGAAACCUCAACCAGAACCAAAGAGAGAGAAGGAAGCCAAGAAGCCCACUAUCAAGAAGCCCCUGAAUGCUUUCAUGUUGUAUAUGAAAGAAAUGCGGGCGAAAGUCAUUGCCGAGUGCACCCUGAAGGAGAGCGCUGCUAUCAACCAGAUCCUGGGGAGGAGGUGGCACGCGCUGUCCCGGGAGGAGCAGGCCAAGUACUAUGAACUGGCUCGCAAGGAACGGCAGCUCCACAUGCAGCUCUACCCCGGCUGGUCUGCCAGAGACAACUACGGGAAAAAGAAGAGACGAACACGGGAAAAGCAGCAAGAUUCCAACUCAGAUCCUGCCUCUCCUAAGAAAUGCAGAGCUCGCUUUGGCCUCAACCAACAAACGGACUGGUGCGGCCCGUGCAGUUCUUUUACAGCAAUUUCAACUCCUCCUGAAAUACAUAUUUGAACUCCUGAAAUCAGUUUGA